ACUUCCAUUGCAACCAUUUGAACAUAACCGUUGCAACGGUUUAUGCCGCGGUUUGUUUAUCAUUCUAUAACAACAGUUGCAGUGUUUUGUUCUAUGACCGGGAUACAGUUAGUUUUAGUGCUUUGUGAAAAUGGAUUCUCUCUAUCUCCAAACCAAAAAAAUCAAAUUAACACACUCAAACAAAAACACCUACACACUCUCUCUUUGUUACAAAAAAAAUUUCACAACAAAAAGAAAGAGCAAAACACGCUUUCCACCACGCCGUCUCCUUCGCCGCUGUUUCCUUCACCGCCAUCGCACUUCACCGCCGUUUCCCCCACACCGUUUCCUUCUUCGACCAUGACCCUACCACGUUUCUUUAUUCCCGUUUCCUAUCACAAGUGCUAAAUCCCUAAUUUCUUCAUCAACCCUAAUUCCUAAAUCAGUGUCUUUGUUACCUAAGUUCAGAUUCAUUUUGAUUUCUGAUAAAUCCUUCUCUAAGUUUGUUAUUACUGUUCUUAUUCUAUUGUUAUUACUGUAGUUUCCCUGAGAUUGAUUUAUGUUUGAAUGUCAUCUUUGUUGGUUGGUUGUUGUGAGAUUGUUAUUUUACUCAUUUCAUAGAAGGGAAAAUUUUGGACUUUGAUUUAUUCUGAUGUUUUUUUGAUGUUUAUGAAAUUCAAUGGAUAUACUGUGUUUCAUAAAAACAAGGGUUGCUUGUUAUUGAUAAAAAAGGGUUGCUUCUUUUUGAUAAUAACUAAGUUGUAGAUACUUUGAUUUUUAUUAUUCUACUGUUAAUACAUACUUGAAACACAACUAGCUUUUGUGCGUUUUUAGCUUCUCCAGGCCGGGUUCUGAUUUUCUGUUAUAGAAGGCCUGGUUUUUUUAGUUUUCUUGGUCUGCUUUUGGUUGGUUAUAGGGAGGUUGUAUAGGGGCAUGUUUUGGGUGGUUUCUGGCGCUGGUUUUUUGGGGUAGAGCUUCCCUUUGCUCUUUGCUUAGGAGUUUUGAUUCAUCAUUAUUGCAAUGAAGCACCAACACAUGACAUUGUUAUUAAUGUUAUCCUAAUUUUUUUUUUAUAGUUUUUUCUUAUCCUAGUUAUUUUUCUCAGUGUAGUGAAAAUGAUGGCGUUGCCGUAUGAAGAAGCACAGCGAAUAAAAACUAAAGAAAAUAAAAAAAAAGAUGGACAAACUAAUUUCUCUCUCUCGAUCCCUUCGCGAAUCCUCACCGCCAAAAUUUGUUGUUAAUGAUGAAGACCACAAAUAAUAUCCUUAAGAGUAUUGCAAAGAAAUGGAGGACUGUCAAAUCUCGAUUAUUUUAAAAUAAAUUAUAAAUGGGAUUUCACAUUGGAGGAAAGUCUUCGCAAUUAUCCCCGUUCUUUUGAUCAAGAUGAUUGGGAUACUUUUGUCCAAUAUAAGCGGAAGCCAAAGACAUUGGAGAUGGCACGAAAAAAUGCAGCAAAUUGAGCAAAGCUAAAGAUGAAGCAUUCACUAGGAACUAAAUCGAUUGCAAGGACACAACAUGAGUUGGAAAAAAGAGAUGGUAGAAAAUAUAGUUGGGCAGAAAUGUUUGGAGUUAGUCAUAAAAAGUCUGAUGGGUCAUUUGUCAAUGACGAGGCUAAGAAAAAAAAUUUUUGAAGUUAUAUAUAUGGCUUCAGUUGUUUUACUGGGCACAUGGUGUUGUUUUGUGUGGUGUGGCCUCUUCAGUGCCUUAAGUGCUAGUUUGAAUGAAAUUCAUUUUCAUAAUCAGGACCAAUUGCAAGCUGAAAUUGCAAAGACUCAUUUAGAGAAUGAAGCAUUUGUGACAGUCUUUGGAAAAGAACAUGGCGGAUUUGCUCGUAGUAUGGGACUUGGAGUAACACCAUCUCAACUCACUACUACUCGCUCUGCAAGAUUGACAACUUCCUCUGAGGCUAAUGAGAAGAUGAAGGAAAUGCAAGCUGAAAUUGAUUCACUUAAGGACAAGGCUUCACAAUUUGAUAUCUUAAAGGAGCAUGUUGCAUUCUUAUUGCAAAUGCAUAAUUCUAAGGAAAAUCAGGUUACUGAAUAAGCAAGUCAAGAGAUGGUAGGUGUUUUGAGUAGAGCUAACACUAAUUAAUGAUCAUCAAGCAACAUCACAUACUAUAGGGAAUAUUUAGAUAUUUUGUGAACUUAUAUUGAUGUAAUGCUUUGUAUAUGUUUAGCCACUCUACUAAUAUUUAUGUUUGAACUACAUUAGUUUUUCGCUUUUGGAGUUUCAAAUACUUUAAUUAACUUUUUGAUGUAUGGAUUGUCAAUAUUUGAAUGAAUGAGAUUAACGCAACGCUUAUUUAAUAA